AUGCGAACCGCCGCCGCUGUGCUCCUUCUCGCCCUCUUCGCCGUCCAGUCCGUCGUCGCUGGCGGAGACUCGCUCCGCGCUCGUGGACGCGAACGCCCGCUCUCGCUGGCUCUCGAGCGGCGAGACGACGGUCUGCAAUCCGCCGACGGCUCCAUUGCGUUCGACGUUCUCGAGAGCUACAGGCAAGGCGCGAUGAGCAAGUAUGCGCAGAACGCCGCCAUCAUAAGCCAGAACAAGGCUCUCGCUGCGAAUGGGACGGCGAUGCUCGCGAAGCGCGGCCAGGAGGCGCUCACGUACUACGGCGGCGCCACUCCACUCUGGUACGGUACCGUGCAGAUUGGUACUCCGCCGCAGUCCUUCCGCCUCUUCUUCGAUACCUCGUCCUCCGACCUUCUCGUUCCCUCAUAUAUAUGCAACUCUCUGACCUGCCGCGGCAAAAAGCGUCUCGAUUAUCGCCCAUCCGCCGAUGCAACGGCCAAGUCGACGAACAAAACCGUCUACACCUACUUCACUGACGGUUCGCAGGCAACUGGAACCCUCCUUCAAGACACGGUCACCGCUGCUGGAUUGACGGUGACCCAACAGGAUGUCGUUGCGAUGGACAGCUUGCCGAGCGCGAUUGGGGGAAGGAUAACCGAUGGGAUGGGCUUGGCCUAUCGCGCCCUCUCAGCCGCCUACUCGUACUCUUUCCCCUUCACCGCAUACCACCAAGGCGCUCAACCCGUCUUCGGGCUCUCGCUUUCCCGUCUGCCCGGCAAGAGCGAGCUCGUUGUGGGUGGUUACAAUCGCGCAAGGCUUGCUGGCUCUCCGGACUACUACGCCGUGGGUUACUCGCCCAACUCGCAGUUCCUAGACUACAUCCAGAUCUCGCAAGGCGUACCGACUCUGAGCGGACAGCCGGCUCUUUACGACCGCGUCCCGAUGAUCUUCGACUCUACAACGCCCACCAUCAUCGCUCCUCCGGCCUAUGCCGCCGAAUUCUGGUCAUAUGUCCCAAGCGCGCAAGCCAUCAACUCGACCUACUGGAGCUACGAUUGCGCCUCUCCGCCGGCUGUCGGUCUUGCCUUCACGCGCGCGGCGACAAAAGUCUACCCCAUCGCAGCACAAGGCGAGUACAACUUCAACCUGGGCACGCUUCCGGGAAACUCCAGUCGCUGUAUUGGCGCGCUCCUCGGCCAGAACCUCGGCGUCGGUAACGCAUUCAUCGUUGGCGACGUCUUUUUCAAGUCGAACUACUUCAUUCUGGACUUCAAGCAGAACCGCAUCGGCGUUGCUCCUCAGCGCGGCUUCUAA